UGAAGGGUUGCAAUUUUUGAAGGGUUUCAAUAUGAAGGGUUGCAAUCGUGUUAGGCACUUGGCGAUAAUUCGAGAGAUUAUUAAAGAUCUAUUAGAGAUCUCGCUUAUAAUCAGUGAUGAAGUUCCAAAAUUUCUCCAAAAUCGGUUCCAGUUCUGGAACUUGUUCAAAAGCUUCAUCAAACAAAAUCCCUUCAUUUGCCUCCUAAUACCCCUAGUCCAGAAUAUCCCUCUUAAUCCCGCUAAAUCUCUCAAUAUAAGCUUAAUCCUCUGUAUUCCCCAUAAUCCCUUAAAAGCCACUCUUAUACCUCUGAUCCAUCGAUGUCAAACACUAGUCCCCUAAUAUUUCCUUUAAUCCGUCCAAAUCUAUUAAUAUUUAAUAUUAAUCUUACUCUUAUUGAAUUAUUGUGACUAUUUUGUUAUUCAUUGCUUAAAAAGUUUUAAUUUUUCAUGAAAAAUCAAAAAAAAUAUCGAUUCGCUUUUGAUAUUUUCGGUUUUAUCGACCAUCCCCUCCGGCCUAUCUCUUGUUGCAAUGGACAGUUAAUAAAUGGGAUUUUAACUCAAAGAGGGUUGAAAAAUAGAGCCCCACCCUCAAUUAGAGCCCCACCCUU